ACUCAAUCCCUUCCAUGUACGUGGUCCAAGCUAGAACCAGCAGACGAAUCGGUCUGACUUAUCUUCUUAGGUUGACUAUUUUAAGCAGUACCGUAUCACGUCCGUUGUUUUCUGACGGUAGUUUCUGCUCGAAGAGUCAAAUCGGUGUUUGAACCGAAUGCACCGAGCCGGAGCGCUGUAUGCACGCUGAUGUCAUCUAAGCGUCUGCUCCGGCCUUGCUCAAUCUAUCUCGCGGCGCUGGUCCUGUAUUGUAUCUGUCGUGCAGAUAGGCGAACGACUAGCUACUAGCGACUUUAUUCGAAGUUGUUCAUUCCAUCGAACAAGGGACGCGUUUCCCGCCGCCUGCUACUGUUGUUGCCCCGUUAGCAGAGCAGAGCAAAGUCAGACCGUAGUGGCAGCCAUAGCAGAAAAGGUGGUGGUGCAGAGAGAUUGUAAAACAUUUCAGUUCAACACAGCAACAGAUCGAAAGGAACGUUUGUGUUUGUGGGUAACGUGUUUUUAGCUGGUGGCGGGCUGGUGUCUGCGAACAACGACAGCGGGACAUCGAGGCGGGGCAAAACUUAUAUAACUUCACUUUUUGCAAAAGAUAGUUAGUAAUGGAGAAGGACGAAACACAGAGCUGAAUGCGACUAUUGAGCCUUCGGUAGAUACGCUAGUGGUAGGAGAUCUUAUGUGUCGAUCGAUACAAACCGUGUUGCACCGGUUUAAUCCACUCUGGUCUACUGCUGCUGCUGCCCCUCGUUGUAUUGGUUGGCUGCGCCGCAGUGUCAAAUGGUGCUGCUCUCGCUAUUGAUGUUGGGGGCUCCAACAACGCCAAUCAGGUUAGCCUUCAAAUUACUCGAAUCCGCAGCUGCACUCCCGCCAUUCUGUCAUUCUUCGAAAACCAUCCGAUGCCGCCCGUUGGUGUCGACUGCUGAUUGGAUCUGUGUGGGGUGCUCUUUUCUGUUGGGUGCGCUGAAUGAUACUAAAAGCCGUUUCAGCGGUUCUAACGACGUCUCAACGGCGCAAAAACGGCGGGCAGCAGAAGCGAUACAACCACUGACUGUCUCUUGACUAGUGGCGAAUUAGCAGCCGCUAACAGUCGUCAUAAUAGCCAGUGGUAGCGGCAUUGAGUAGUGUUCUAUCUGCACAAGCACUGUGCAGGGAAUUUUGUCGUGCUCAUUACAGGAGUGACAGUCUGUUUUAGAAUAACGUAGAGCUCUGCGUCGCUGCGGAUAAAGCUGGCGGGUACAUAAACAUUCGAAACGUGGAGGUGAAGAAAGAACAGGACCCAUAGAAAAGCGAGGAUGACCAGCCGGGAUCAGAAAUGGCCACAGCGUGCAACUAUUGCAAAAAUGGUCUCGUUGCGGGCGGCUCGAGUGUCAUUGUUUUGUCGGCUGAUUUGAGCAGGUCCGACUGGCCUGGUUAAUAGUACAAUAGUUGACUGUGGUUGCCCAAUUGUCGUGAAGGGGUGUGCGUCUCAAACGUCCCUAAACGCCAGCGAAAGCAUCUAUAGAUUCAUCAACAACAGUUCUCCCGAGCAACAGUACUAGCAUUUAAUUCAACUGAGUGACAGUUGUCUCUCCAGUUAAGCAAGGAUCUAUAAGAGAAAAUAAAGGGUCUCAAAAACUGCAUACGAAAAAAAAAGAAGGAAGCAUUAUAGUCGAAAUAAAAUCAAAGAAAAAGCCCGCUUCGCUUGGCGGUGUUGGUGUCAGCGAGCGGCUCCACGAGCAGACGGAACCUUACAAAACGAAUCCAGCGAGAAGUGGUCAAGAGAAGGAGUCGGCAGUCAAACGGUGAACGGUCGGCGCCACCACCUGGCCGCUUGCGGCUUCUUCGAACAGAACGUCUUGCAGUACGCUGCGUGAUCGUGAGUUAGCGGUGGCCUGGCUAAUCGGCCGAAAGGCCUGUGGACAUACCCGAUGACACGCAUGUGCCUAGUUGUUGCCACAUAGCAGGUACCUCGUGCUUGUGAUAGAUGUCUUGCCAGUUAGAUUAGCUAGUACGGAUUGUUGCCGAGAGUGCCUUGUACAUAGGAGUGGCAAAAAAAAGGACUACGAUUAACUGUAUUAGCAGAAGCACUAGUGUUAAUAUCAAAAGGGUUAGAUGAAAGUAUUUAACCCACCAUUAAAACGCGGGAACGUGCAGUUUUCAAUAAGAAGCCACAACAAAAGUGGUCCACACCAUUGAAACUCAUUAAAGGCGGGUUGCGGGCCUGAACAGACACAGAUCCCCAGUGAUACUAUUCAAACAAGCCAAGAGUAGCUACAAGAUACCGCUGGCGCCGGGCAAAGCAGGUGCCUGAGGUCCAGCACGUGCACUUAUUUCUACGCUGUUAUUGGCUGACUGACAAAAUUUCAACUGCAUGGGUCCAGAAACAAAAGACGGAUACCGCUAGAAGAUAUCCAGCCGCGAAGGCGAGCAUGUGUUUGGCUAUUAUCAGUUGUGUAAUUCGGCGCAGUGAUGUUGUUCGUCAAAAUGAUGAAUACUUCAAUCAAUGAUGUGGAUCGCCAAUGCUAAUCCAGCGCAAACGUUCAAUAAGCUAAUGAUCAGCCAAGAAGAGAACGCUAUAAUAACACAUUGGAAUAAUCAGGCCGUUUGGAAAGUCAGCCCUGCUACUGGAGGUGCCGGAGCAAGUUUAUCGUCCAUUAUUGAGCGAUAGGAUCCGUCAUCACCACGAGAGACACAACAAAAUGCCUGUUCUAGAAAGUGUAUCGGUGGCCGACGAAUCUCAAGAAGAAGUGAUUAUUGAUGGAAAGGCAAAGUACCCUCUACGAGGUAGUCUCUUUCCAAAGGUGCCUCCAACAAUGCGCUUUUUCGCGCCAGCGGAUGAGAAAGAGGUGGUUCCGCUCCCAGCUGGGGUACGGAAUCAUCUCAAAUGGAAGCUGACCAGUAUCACACCUGCUAUAGUUCGUGAGACAGUACGGAGAUCGGGAUUUAGAAUUACGUCAGAUGAAAACAAAUGGUGCGCUAUGUGGGGCAAACAUAUGAAGUUCGCGUUCUUCGCAGGAAUGAACCCGUUUCAAAAAGUGAACCAUUUUCCUGGUAGCUUUCAUCUUGGCCGAAAGGAUAAGCUGCACCUCAAUUUGUCGCGGUUGAAGAAAAAUGCUGCCAUCGAACUUGAUUUCGUUCCGCAGACAUUUCUACUGCCGCAGGAGUCUAAAGCGUUCCAGAAAGCAUGGAAAAAGGAGGGACCCCAAAAUCAUCGCUGGAUAGCAAAACCGCCGGCGGCAUCUCGUGGAACGGGAGUUUUUAUUGUGUCCCGCUGGAGUCAGAUCUCGCACAAACUUCAGGAAGCUCUCGUUGUCCAGCGGUAUAUACAUCGACCAUUACUUAUUCGAGGAAAUAAGUUCGACUUAAGACUAUACGCCCUUGUCACUUGUUGGGAUCCUUUAAAAAUUUAUGUCUACAAACAAGGAAUGCUGCGAUUUGCCACAAUGGCCUAUUCGGAAUCUGUAGAUAGCCUAGAUAACACAUUCAUGCACUUAACCAAUUACUCGUUAAAUAAGCUGAGUGCUCAGUAUUCCGACGAACAGAAAUGGACCCUGGAUGAAUUUUGGGGUCAUCUGAAAUUAACGAAGCCUGACGUUGAUCAGGGGAAAGUGUGGAAUAGUCUUGUGAAUGUCAUCGUUAAAACUUUAAUAGCUGCUGAAGGACCAAUCUCACGUGCAUCGAUGACACACGCACCAUCUCGUUAUUCGUGCUUCGAGUUAUUUGGCUUCGAUGUGCUAUUGGACGCGGAGUUGCGCCCGUGGCUACUCGAGGUGAACAUCUCGCCGAGCAUGCGUGCGAGUUCGGCAAACGACCAUGCGAUCAAGGAGCCGCUGAUAAGGGACACUUUAAAUCUCAGUGGGUUUCGACUACCGCCUGCAGCAGACAACGCUCGCCUUGACCCUACGGAUUAUGGGCUGCAACGUGGCGAUUUGUUGUUUAUGUCAGCCGGCCUUCACCGAAAACAGUUGACCGUUGCGGAACAGCAAAAACAUGAUUUCUUUACCUGUGAGGAGCUCGAGCUUCGAGAGGGAGCUAUUCUGGAGAAAUUGCUCCCGAACGACAUUACGAUACUCGCAGACCUUGAGGACGAGUUGGAACGAUCUCGAGAGACCAAUUUUGAGCGAGUUCUGCCUUCAGCCGACUUCGAACACCUCGUUCCUCCAAGGUAUAACAACAAGCUGCUCCACGCAUGGGAAAACAGAUAUAGUGAAAAUCGCGCAAAGGGCCUCGCCGUGCUCCAGGAACUGUGCCGGAAUGGGGCUCAUAUAGUGCCGUCUGAAUCAGAGGGCAAGAGGGUAGCAGCUAUGGUGGACAAGAAGCCGACCCCAGCGGUAGCCCCAUGGAGGAAUAGUUUCCUCUUUAGGAUGCGGACGGCCUCGACUCGGAAACCACGUCCGGGCAGCUCCCGGACACCAUUUGCGUUUCGCCGUAUGAUGCGUGGUAUGAUCAUCCCGCCACUGCGUCCGCCGAGGAGGUUUCGCAGCAGCGACUCGUUGACCAGUCAAGAUUCGACAACCACUGCCGAUACUACCGGCGACUCGUCUUCGUCGUCGCCUGCCGCUGAUCCUGACCCCGGCCCCGUUGACGCGCCCGCUACGAAUAAUAGCAAUUGCUGCGAUACUGAAUCCGACGCGAUUAUCGCGCUGGCAGCCGUAAUCGCCGAUUCGGCAGGACCCGGAUCGCCCAUCAUGACGCCUAUGACACCCACUGCAACGACAGCUAUGCACCGCCAUCAUCACUUUCACAGCCAUGAUCAGAAUCAUCAUCCUCAUUAUCAUAAUCACCAUCGACGUCACCAGCAUUACCAGGACCGCUCAACAGAAAACAGCCCCACCAGUGAUGAUAAUGGUGAGGACGAUGUCGGCCUAAUAUCAAUUCUGCCGUCUUCGUCAUUACAGGUAUCUCCAUACAACGGCACCCUUAGUGACAAGAGUGAGGCACUCAGGAAUCUUGAGAGGCUCCCGUUGUCUUUACAAUCAAAGAUACGCAUUCACGGUGACACAUCGCCUGAUCAGAUAGCCCCUACUGCCACCAUAACUGCCACAGUUGUCGGCCGCGCUACAAAAGGUCAGAACAGGAUCUCUGAGUCUGCUGCGAAUGCCUCGUCAUAUCUGCACGCUGCCGAAUCGAAAGCAUUGCACUGCAAGAAAAACUAUGAUGAUCACAAUAAUUAUAACAACUAUAAUAAUACUAAUAAUAAUAUCAGUAAGCGCAAUUCAAUUGCGACUACAUCCGUCUCUGUUAAUAAUUACAAGUUCGAAUGACGUUCUCGCCAAGGAAACGGCGGGAAAAUUUUGAAACGGUGCAAUCAUGUGGAAUUUGACUGGAGAAGUAUAUAUGGAUUAUUCAUCGCAGGAUAGACGGUUGUUAACCCAGAAUUGAAGAGGACAGAACGCAUGCAUCGGGGAAACCCUGAGAGUUUAGGGAACGAGGUAACAGAGGUUCUGUCAAAUAUUAUCAAUGAAUUAACCAUAUCUAAUUCGAUCCAAUAUACAGGAUACAUUUAUGGAGAUUGUGAGAUUGUAAAAGAUGUAUUCAUAUAUUCGACGCAGAACAGUUGUGCGUAAAAGGUGUGUGCUAAGAACCAGUUCUUAUUUCGACUAGUUCAAUAUAUGUGUGAACUAAAUAAGUACACUUGAUCUAGAAAUAUACACAGGGCAACCAGCUGUUACAUAACCAUAGUUGAAAGUAAAAAUAUCUUUUCUGUAUGAGAUAGGCAAAAUGCUUCGAUGUAGAACACUGCUGCCGGCGAACAGAGAACUGAACGCGCUCCUGUAUCGCUAUUAUCGGCUUACAGAGCUAUUCGUCUGUUCGGCCUUUAUGAAUACAAACACUGGCCAAGUGUAGCCAAAUUCAAAUUUAUUGAAUUGAAUAUUGCCAAUGACUACCACACGUUGGAAAGAGCUUUACAUUCACUAGUAGAACUCUGUUCUAAUAUUAUUAUAGCAAUUAUUGUCAUCGCCAUUUAUUAACGUCACACAGAUCGUUCGUGAAACCGCGAAGUGCCUCCGCCCGGGCAGGCGAAGCUGUCCAAGAGAUAAAAAACAAUAGCGAUUUAUGGCAGGAAAACAUUCACUGAAAGACACGAGAUGUAGGAAUUACAAGAUAUAACAAUUAGAGUAGGAGGCGACGUAGACCAUGGGCAACGCGUGAUCUUUCCAAGGUACGCACUACAGCGGAUAUCUGCAUAUGAAGAUGUGUAAACUCGUUAUUGAGAGCAUCUAAAAUGACAUAGAGCAGCAAGCUACCAUCAGAAGUGAAAUUUCAACGAUGUACGAAGUAUUUGGCCAUGAGGCAAUCGAUGAUGCACUAAGUGUUUUGCCAUGAGGCAAUCGGGUGAGAUCUUCCAUGAUUUCAUAAUAUACGAAUUUCGGCAAAGGCAAGAAGUCUAGAAAUUCAAAUCUAAAUAAUUUACAACUGAAGAUGGUACUGUUAACUGAGCUCAAUUUACCCUAAUGGUGUCAAUCAAUUCAACCUACGUGAGUGAAUUGUUAGGUUGAAUGGACUACUCGGCAAAUUUUUGUUUAUAGGACUGUUUGCUAUAGCGGCGACUUCUACUGUUAUUUAACAGUAAACGUAUGACAACAAUGAUAAGAAUUGAACUAAUUGGACGCAUUGUUAUUAUAAUAAUACAUCAAUUUUAUCGUGGCGUAUGGGUGAGUCUAAGGCACAUACUUGUUGUGUAACGGAGGCCAAGUCUGUAUGUGAAGCAUCUGCUGUGAACAUAUUAGUCAAGCCUAGUAAACCAGUUAUCUAUCAAAGUGAAUAAGGGGUUCAACAAAUUUGUCUAUUUGUCAGUGGACACAUGCGUAUAGCGUCUGCAGAUUGCGCCAGAUAGUUGCGUGAUCUCGUACGAAAUGCACCCAUGAAUCGCGAACAAAAUAAGCCAAACAAGAAAGUUGGAAGCAGCGAGAGUUCAGAUGUGCCGCAGUAUCCUAUGGAGUAAUGCGCUAAGUAUGAGUGUAGGUGGGAUUAUUAGGCCUUACGCAUCGUCAGUACGCCAAGAAAUUAUGAUGUUCGUGAUGCCUCAAAUUGGUAAGAAAAACUUGCAUAAAGUAUCUGACUAUGCCUGUACGUAAUCUUAUGUAAAGUCUUGCUACCGUAUCACAGUUUUCGUGUCCGCGAACUUGAUCCUCGCACAAUGCAUACAUAGUAUACAAUCUAAUACAAUAGAAACCAAUUAUGAGAACAAUAUCAAUAACAGAAGAAAGUAAUUAUAAUUAUGAAUGAUGAAAAUUUGAGGUAGGUAUUAAGUAUAGUAUUAGAAGUUAUUAUAAUUGUCGCAGCAAUGAAAAUAAACAAGAAGUUAUUAAAGCAUUAUAGACUUUCGAUUGAAAUUGUUGUUUUAGUUUAUUAAAUAUCGGUAAGACAAAAUUAGCUUAUUUAGUUGAAGCAGUUAUUUGAAUCUUUGAAGCUGUUGAAAGUAUGAAUAAUCUCUUCGGAUGAAUUGAUUAACAACCUUGAUUAGCAAUGACCAUUACAAUGGAGGGGCAGAAAGCGAAGAACUUGGGUCUUAAUCUAUCUUCCUAAACUAGGACAGUGGAGAUGUUCUUUGCAAAAGAUAGCAAAAAAUCGAAUGUGUAGGCGAAUUUGUUUAUUAUGUGUUAUGUCGGUGUACAGAAGAAAUGAAACAAAUGCGAUAACAUAGAUGGCACGUCUAUCACGUCGAAAUGGAUGACCUCCAAUCGGGUGUGGUGUGCAAAGCCGCUCUUAUUGCAAAUGUCCGUUAUUGCACGUAGCUGUUUAUUUUCUACGUGGGUGUUUGUUCGUGUACGCGUGUGCGUACAUUAUUAAUUUAGUGUGCGUGUGGUAUAGUUGAAAUUAGCUAACGGAGUAGAGUAUGCAGAGAUCGUGCCGCACUGCACGACAAAUCAGCCUUUUCGCCAUGAAUGAAUGGUUACCAUGAAUGGCCAUGAUAGUCAUAGCAAUAUAGCAGUAAAUAAACAGAGCACGAACGAAGGUGAUUCUGAGUGAAAGCGACAACGGGUUAGGAGCAGUCGUUGUAUGCGAGAUGUGAAGGCCUAGCAGAAAUUUGCAACGAAGCAGCUAACAAUAGCGAUGGCACAAGACAUUGCUUAGGACAGCAGCAACAAACGAAGGAGUCGGCGUAUGAUUCUAGAUAUGAACCAAAGAAGUGAAUGAACCUAUUUCACAUAUUACUGUCAGUGCAGGAAGCAUUUGUGAGCACAAAUUUCGCAAUAGCAGAGUGCAGGAGUCGAAACGCAGUAUUUAAUGGAUUACUUGGGUUGGAACAAAAAUGCUAUGGUAGGCAUGUGUCUAACGACUACUUAGUGUCCACUCUGCGUAGAUAACAAAAUCUCCCAAAUAGCAACAACUAGCCGAAAUAUUUAAGUUUGUAAGAUUAUUGAAAUGUUUACCAAUAGUAACUACUAGUUCGUCAACUUUUCUCUUUCAAGUAAGCUCUUUUCGAUAGCUCUUCAGAACUGCAGGUAUGUGGCAAAGCAAUGGGUCGAUGAUGACAAUGAGUGCGUAUGUAUGUAUGUAUGCUUACUACAUAUAGUAAGGCCUGAUGCUACGAUAAACGGGGUCACCGUGCCUGCGACAAAUCGGCAGGAAUUCUGGGCUGCCUAGAGGAAUCCUGAAAUGUCCUAAGUAUAUAUAUA